AUGCCGACCCCCGAGUCCGAGAGCUUCAAGAGCAUGAAGCCCAAGGUCCCUCCCACCUUCAAUGGAGUCGACUACGAUGACACCAAGGCCUUCAAGGCUGCCGAGGAUGCCAUCAUUCGCGAGCAAUGGGUUGGCGCCAUGAUGAUCCGUCUGGUUGGCGAGGAACUGGGCAAGUGCUACAACCGUGAGGGCGUCAACCACCUGGAGAACUGCGGUAAAUUGAGAGAGAGAUAUCUUCAACUUUUGGAGACCAACAAGAUUCCGGGCACCAAGGGUCUCCAACUAAACUACAUCACCAAGCGAGAUGAGGAGAUUGAUCUCGAGGCCAAGGUCCACCCCAUCAACAAGAUCGCCAAGCUAAGGGAGGACCCCAAGAACGCCAGGCCAUAA